AUGACUUCUGUCACUCACAGCGAGUUUGACGGGAAGACGGACGCGUCCACGGUUGCCACUGCGUUUGCAUCUGGCAUCAAAGACCGCACCAUUGUCAUCACCGGCGUCAAUAAACGGGGGAUCGGUUUCGCCACUGCGCAAGCCUUGGCGUCUCAAUCACCGCGCUGCCUCAUCUUGACCGGUCGUUCAGCAACAAAGGUUCAGGAGUGUAUUGAUGCUCUAAGCUCAGAGUACCCUAAUAUCGACUACCGCCUGCUCCAGGUCGAUCUGAGCGCGCAAGAGUCGGUCAGGAAAGGGGCAUCCGCCGUCCUGGGCUGGGCAGACGUUCCGACGAUUGAUCUUGUCAUCAACAAUGCUGGGGUCAUGAAUAUCCCUGAGCGUAAGCUCAGCCCAGAAGGAAUCGAGAUGCAUCUCGCCACCAAUCACAUGGGGCACUUCCUCUUGACCAACUUGAUAAUGCCCAAGCUUAUCACUGCAGCCAAGAACUCCCCGAAGGCCUCUGUUCGCAUUGUGAACGUCAGCAGCGUUGCGACAUAUCUCUCGGCUCUCCGUGCCAGUGACAUGAAUUUCAGCAAACCGACAUCGGAACUCCCAGAGAAAGAGAAGCCGAAUGCCGAGUUCCUCCGUGGUGGCGGUCUGGCUGCGGAUGAACAUCUCAGCUAUAUUCCCAUGGCGGCCUAUGGACAUAGCAAGACUUGUAACAUUCUAUUUUCUGUCGGCUUAACCCAGAAGCUCUACGACAAAUAUGGGAUUUUGAGUCUCUCUUUACAUCCCGGAGAGACGCGAAGCGAGUUGUCGAGGACGACCGAUCAAGAUUGGUUGGAAAAAGCCACCAAGUCGAGGGAGUCGCAGGGUUUCUUUUGGAAGACGCAACCCCAGGCUGCAAGCACUUCGCUGGUUGCUGCGCUGGAUCCGAAAUUGGACAAGCCCGGAAGUGAUGGAAGUGGCUACUGGCUUAACGACUGCCGAUUCGGGCGUGCUCCCCCAUAUGCUGUCGAUGAAGUGGACGCGCAAAAGCUAUGGGAGCUGAGCGAAGGAUUUGUUGGACAGAAGAUGGACUGGUGA